GCCACGCCCGUCUCCAUGUCCCCCAGAAAUUGCCCGAGAAAUAGUAAGGAAAAAGGAGAGGAGAAGAAGAGCUCGAAUGCGGGGUUAAAUUUCGGAACCCUAGCUCUCGAUCGGUGUUCGCAGUCCGCCGUCGAUUCGCAAUUGCCGGAUGAGCCGCGCGGCCGCCGCUGCGCCGAGAAGGAAAUGAGAGGAAAAAGAAUAUCCACAGAUUGGCAUCCUAGAGCUUGUGCUGGCAAGACAAUUCCAGUUAGUUGCAAUGUGAAAAGGAAUUUUGAAAACAUUGUCCUCAUCGAUGUGGAUUGUGAUGAUUUCGAUGAGGUUAUUAUUAUUGAUGCCCCUGAAUCUGUACAGGAGAAGUUGCGAGGUGCUGGUGUAUCGCAAAAGAAUAGGGGGUUUCCAUAUGAGGGUGUAAUUAGUAUUGAUGAUGACGAUGAUGGGGAUGUUGAGCUUCCUGGACCCAGUGUGGCAGGUAGUGGUGAGUCAGAUAGUGAUGCCACAUCAAGCAGAAGGUCCUCUCCCUCCUCCAACUUGGGAGAAUCUGCUGACUCCGAUGCCGAUGAAUGUCGUGUUGUUCCUGAGGACUGUUGUGCUUCAAAGUCAUCUAGGAGCAAGAACUCCCCUAGUGGUGAAGGUGAAGCUCCCUGUAGAAAUCGAUAUGGUCUCAGUCCUGUUUCGGAAGAUGUCUCCUUUGAUAGUGAUUUCUCUGAUUGUGAGGUUGUGGAAGAUCCCUGUGGGAAGCUUCGUGAACAGUGGGAAAGUGCUUUUUCAAAAAGAAAACAUGAUACCUUUAAUAAGCAUCUUCAUUCGGAAGAUCAAGUUAAGGCUUCUGGCUUACAUACUGAUGCUUGCGUGAGUGGAGAAGAACAUAACUCGUCUAAUCCAGCAUGUUCUAGUUCACACAGUACAAAAGCAAAAGAAAAUUUUUCUUCUGGUGAGGGGUUUCCUGUCAAUUCAGGAGUCGGACAUGAUCAUGAGGAGCCCUCUUUAUCGUUUAGUGAAGACAGAGCAAAUAGACAAAAUAAUACUGUGGGCAGAGAAUACAAUGGUAUGGGAAAAUCUUGUUUUGACAAUGUUAACCCGGCCAGGGACAUCCUCGAUGAAUCUGAUGGUGAAAGAGAUAUUCAUGCGGGUGAUGGGUUACAGAAUAAGCGUUUUCACAGCAACAGUUCUGUUCCAGAUGAAGUAGUGCAUGAAAGAACUGGUCCUGGCACAGAUAUUCUUGCUGGCAAACCAUUGGUGCCAAACUCCUGCCAUACAGGCAAAGUACAAGCUGAUUGUAGUGCAAAAUACCAAGAUGGUGAUUAUGUGCUUAGUGUCCAAAAGGACAUUAUUAAUGGACGGGAAAUGCUUAAGGAAACUGAUGAAUACAAGCGAGCAGUAGAGGAAGAAUGGGCAUCUCGGCAGCGGCAAUUACAACUACAGGCAGAAGAGGCCCACAGGUUGCGGAAGAAAAAAAAAGCUGAAACUAUGCGAUUAUUGGACAUGGAAAGAAGGCAAAAGCAGCGGGUAGAAGAAAUGAGGCAGUCACAAAAGAAGGAUGAGGAAAAUAUGAACCUGAAAGAGCAACUUCGUGCUGAAAUAAGGAAGGAGAUAUCUAAACUGGAAAUAACUUGCACUGAUAUGGCCUCGUUACUUCGUGGACUGGGGAUACUUAUUGGAGGCAGUUUUUGUCCCUUACCACAGGAGGUACAUGCAGCUUAUAAACGAGCCUUGCUGAAAUUUCACCCGGACCGGGCGUCAAGAGAUGACAUUCGCCAGCAGGUUGAAGCUGAAGAGAAAUUUAAAUUAUUAGCACGCAUGAAGGAGAAAUUUAGGUGGACUUAACGGUCAUCAUACCACACAGCAGUAAGUAGUGGUGCUGCUGCCUCGAUUUCUACUUUCUUUUCCGACACCCUGAUCAGAUAGCGAUUUUUUGUUGUCCAUAAUGUGUCAUUCUUAAAUUCUCUAAGAUAUAUGUAUAAAGUGAACUAUAACACACACCAGAACCAGCAGUCCUUCAUUGAAGAAGUUUAGUCUUUUGACGUGCUGACAACUUUAAGCUUUAUGCUGUAAGGGUGAGAAUUGGUGUCUUCUGUAGACUCGGAUUUCACUAUUGAGUUCCUUGUUGGCCAAAGCCUCUUGUCGACUGGAACAGCCUGAUUGAGUUUGGUCAUGAUUGGAUUUACUCAUGGGUUUAUUGUUGGGUGGAGUCUGGAGAUUGGUCUGUUAAUGCUAUCCUGGCUCCAUUUCCUUGGGCCAAUACUAAAGAUUCAGUUCAUGUUCCAGUCA